CGAUUGAAUUCGUUUCUCCAAGUCUAACCUAGUCUAACUCAUCAUGUCCUGGCAAACCUACGUCGACACCAACCUCGUCGGAAGCGGCCGCGUCACGCACGCCGCCAUCAUCGGUCUGCAGGGCGGCGUCUGGGCUUCUUCCCCUGGUUUUAACCUCACCGCCGAAGAACAACAAGCCCUCAUCUCCGCCGCCAAGGGCGCCCUCUCAGGCGACGAAGCCGGCGCCUCCCAACUCCAAGCCUCCGGCCUCCGCCUCCAAAACGAGAAAUACUUCACCCUGCGCGUGUCAGAGCGGAGCGCCUAUCUGAAGAAACAGGCCGACGGAGCGAUCGUCGUCAAAACCAAACAAGCCAUCCUCGUCGCCGUCUACGUCGCCCCGCUCCAAGCAGCAGAAGCCACCCCCGUCGUGGAGAGCCUCGCUGACUACUUGGUUUCCGUUGGCUAUUAAGUACUAAGUAGUUGGUGCGCGGUGGAUGUGAGGAGGUCCGAGGGGUGUAGGGUGUGCUAGGAAGAGAGCAUGUGGGGGUUGUUAUAGUUGGGGAGGUGAGUUGGAGGAGGAAGGGUGGAGG